CUAGAAAAACAGAACAAAAUUUUACAAAACUAAAAAAAACGAAAAAAAAAAACAUCAUUUGGUGAUUAAAUUACUUGUCAGGAAAUCUAAACCGAUUUUAGAAUGGAAGCCGAAGCCGAAGAGUGUAAGGCACUUGUCAUCAAGAUGGCCCAGAAGAACAAGGAGACGCAGACCAUGAAAAUGGGUUCCAACAACUGGUUCGCUCAGGUCGCUGCCUUUCCGACUGUGGGACCACGCUACACCGGCCACCCCUUGGCGGCUAUCCAGGCAUUCGUUCCCCGUCAACCAUCGUCUUCGUGCCAGUUCUACAUGAACCGCGAGCAGGAGCUCUAUCGCCGGGCUUGCCGCAUGAAGGGAAUCGGUCUCGGCUGCUUGCAGCUGCGCGAGGACUAUUUGGUGAAGCCAUCCGCUGAAAAGAUGCCCCAGGACUCGUACCGCUACACACUGGAGGAGAUGAAGAGCCUCAACCCCUAUCGUUUAGUCGAUAUCGAAGACUAAGCCGACACAGCCACACUAUACAUAAACAAAGAUUAACGGGCCACAACACUACAAUGUACAUAUGAUUGCUCCUUACACAGCACAUGCACAGCACAGCAGAGCACAGCACCAAAUAAAAAGUACAAGAUGUAUCGUU